AUGACACAGGAUGCUGGGAUGCUGCUCUGGCACACCGCCUUACAACGACAUAGGAACUAUGUCUAUUCUUGCACUGGUGAUUUCACCAUAGACAAGGAUGUCAAUCCUGUUUCAGCGGCAGGAGAUUCUACAAGGGAUGAUCGUUCUAACGUGAAAUAUAGUGGUAAAAGGCGCAAAGAGCUGCAACUUUGUUUGGCAACCCAGAACUGUGUUGAAUUGUACGAUGUUAGCGAAGGGUCGCUCCAAUCACUUGGGAAAUGGCCCAUUUCAGCUACCAUUUUAUCGAUGAGUAAGUUAAAUUUGGACAAAUGUCCACAUACCAUUUUAGUAUUAAUGACAGAUUCGGGGAACCUAACGUUCUGGAAGUUUGAAAGAGACUCGUUGAGCGGGAAAGUUUUUCCUCGGACUUUGGCUAACGAACCUAUAUGGAGAAGUGGGAUCAGGAGGUAUGCGCCUCAAAGUUACAUGGCUUGCGAUAAGCAGAGCCGAUGUGUAUUUUUGGGUGGUUUGGAGCGGACGAAGAUGUGCGUGUUGACUGACUGGCAACAUGGAAAACUUGUCGUUUCCUCCCCUGUAGAGUUACAGAGACAAAAUAGGGUUACUCUAGCUAUGGCAUCGUGUGAUGUUGGUUUCGACAAUCCAGUAACGGCGGCAAUUGAACUAGAAAAUGAGAGUUCUGACUGCUACAUAUCCUUUUACACUAUGGACUUGGGUCUAAACUCGCUUAUGCUGCGCAAAGAGUUUGUGCAAGAGGAUAAAAGUGCAAACUUUGUCAUGCCGUGCCCCAAUUUGGGACAGUACAAAAUCAGGACCAGACCAACUUCCUCAUCAUCAUCCACAUAUGAAAACGAAGACGAAAUGAUCAAUCCCUUUGUUUUAUGUGGAUAUGAUGGUUACUUGACUCUCCGUGAUUUGGAAGGCUUUUACGAAGUGUCAGUACAGCUCCCAGUCAGGAAAAAUGUAUCCUCGACUAAUAUCAUCAACGGUGUGGUUCACAAGUUGAAGAAAGAGUUCUUUAUUCUAGUUCAAUCUAAUUGCGGAGAUCUAUAUAAGGUCACUAUCGUCCCUGAUGCUGAGACCCUGGAACCAGUGAUGGAAAUCGUGUAUUUUGAUACCAUUCCUCCAUCUGAAAGUGUCCACAUCUUCAAGACAGGGACGUUGUUCAAUGUGUCUGAAUUUGGUACCUCUCAUCUCAUGCAGUUUGAAAGUCUCGGUGAAGAUUUAGAGAAAACCACAUCGUACACGCCAGGCAGAAGAAUCUUCAUUGAACCAAGGACUAGGUUGCAAAACUUAUCAGUACUAUCUAGUUUGAGGUCUCUGAACCCGUUAACAUCUUUGCACGUAACAAAAUCCACACCUUUAACACUAUUGGCAGCAGCCAAUGAUUCGGGAUCCGUUUCAAAACUGACAUCAGCAAUAGACUUUGAAGAACUUAUAUCUACAGCUUUGCCCCAUGCGGCUUCUAGGCUUUGGACCGUCAAAGUUCCUGUCAAAGAAACUCAUAGUUUAGUAUUGUUGUCCACUGAGACUUCGACGACAGUUUUGAAAGUACACUCAGGAACCAUUGAAGACUUCAGUGGUCCUUCUUGUCCCUUUACGUUGGACAAAGCAACCUUAUUCGUUGGUACUAUGGGUGAAAAAUCUAUCAUUCAGGUAACUGCAGACCAAUUAUUGCAGAUCACAGAGAGUAAGGAUAAUAGCACCUAUUCUAAAAAACUAGAAUGGCUGCCACCAGCAGGUGUCAAUAUAGUAACUGCUUUUUGUAACGAAACCCAGUUAGUGGUAAGUCUUUCGAAUCACGAGAUAUGCUAUCUCGAAAUCCUCGAUGAAUCCCUAAAUGAGUUACAAAAGAGGUUAGAGCUCGACUCCUUGGUGAAUUGCAUCUCGCUAACUACUGGGGUAAGGUCUCAGUACUGCGUAUUAGGGUGUGAUGAUCACAGUUUGCAAAUACUAAACUUACAACCUAAACACUCUGAUUUCUUUACUGUAUGCGCUAUGCAGUCACUAAUCUCAAAGCCACAUUCGUUGGUGUUUGUACGAGACUCGUCACAUUUAAAGAUUCAUAUCGGAAUGAAAAAUGGAGUUUAUGCUUCCUCGAAGCUCAACAUCAGCGAUGGAACUGUGUUUGACGUACGUACGAAACUUGUAGGUACAAAACCGGUCAACGUGUCUCUCUUGAGCAGCAUUGAUAUCAAUUAUAUAGAGGAAGACGACGAAGCGGAAGAGGAGGAAGAACAGGAGGAAGAAAGCAAAUCUGUUUCUUCUUCUAAAAGGAAGAAAGAGUCAUCUGAUUUCAUUCCUGUAGUAGUCUUGAACUCUAACGUAUCUUGGAUGACUUACGAAAAUGACAAUAGAAUUGUGCUUCGCCCUUUGAAAACGAAAGAGGCGAAAGUGCUACGGACCGUUGCUUCUUUUAUCACGGAUGAUAUUGGGCAUAACGGAUGUUGUUCUAUUACGAAUAAAGGUCAUCUCUUAAUCGGAAAGUUAACCCACUUCCUAUCUUGGGAUAAUUGGUUUAACGAAGAGCGUCUCGCUUUGUCCUCAAAUGACAAAGGGGGUAAAGAAGAAGACGAUGGUGAGGACGAUGAAAACGAGGAUGAAGAUGAAGAUGAAGAUGAUACAGAUAGAUGUGAAAUAUUUCACUAUCAAAAUCAAAAGCUCGUUAAAGACAGCAUCGAUGAUACCCUUUGUUAUGUUGUUUCGAAAGAUUCAAACAAUCAAACGUUAUUAACUGUCAUCCGUAAUGAUCAAGUGCUGGCUACUUCGAACCAGGAGACAAGCUUGAAAGUCCUCGAUGAGCCAUUUAGAGCGGCUACCAGUUGUAACUUUGGUACUACUGCAAAAUACUUGGUGUUAUCUACAAGCUCUGGGAAACUAGUCACUAUACAAGUUCGGGUAAAGAACAAUGUGCUCCAAAUAGAGUUUGUUCAUGAAACACUAUUAGAAUCCUCCUCAUUGUAUGCUAUGGUGCCUUUCCAGGAUAAACUAGCAUGCUGUAUACAGGGCAACAUUGUGUUACUCGCAUUGGGUAAGAAACAGUUACUUAAGAAGAGUAUCACUCAGAUGCCUCCACAUAUUACUCAGGUAACUGCCAUGGAUCAAUGGGAUGGACAACACCUCGCAGUGGGUGAUAUCGCAGAGUCCGUGACACUUUUCAAGUACGAUGUGAAAAACAAUGUUUUCGAAGGUGUUGCUGAUGACAAUAUGAAGAAGCACGUAACUUCUAUCAAGUUCUUAGACGAGUCUACGGUUAUUGGCGGUGACAGGUUCGGUAACUGCUGGGUCUUAAGGGUAGACUACAAUAAUAUAAGUAGGGUUGCUGCUAAUAUCAAAACUUGUCACUAUACUUUGGAUACUCUAUGUCAUAUGUACAUGAAUGAUACACCCAUUCAGUUCGAAGUUGUAAAAAACAUGGAUAUGUCAGACCGUCAAAGUAUUCUGUGGAUUGGCCUUCAAGGAACGAUCGGUUGCUUUGUACCACUAGUCACAAGGAAAGAACAGCAAUUGUUUGAGUCCUUUCAAUUUACUUAUGCUGAGUUGGACUUCUUGGAUUUCCAAGAUCGCAACAAGCAUGAAGAAGUUGACCUGGAAGAGAUGGAAGGUGCCCUUGACGAAAGAGAGAAAACAUAUCACUCCAAUUCGAAUGGUAACGAUGAAGAACGUAUUGUCGAAGGUGUAAUUAGCCGUGUUGGAAGAGACUUUUUGAAUUAUCGCAGCUAUUAUUCUCCAUUGAAGAAUAUCAUUGAUGGUGAGACAUUGGAGCAGUUUUCAAAGUAUACGCCAAGCGAGCAAAAAUGGAUAGCAAGUAAGAUGAAACAUGCAGAUGGACAAGUGGAGACAUUUAACAAGUUUAUAAAUGAGAUGCGCACUAACUAUUUAUAG